AUGAUGCAGAACCCGGGAUCGCGUCAAAGUCGACGGGAGAAGCACCAACAGAUCGCGGCGGCUCGAAGCCAUGCGGCCAAACACAUCGCGCGAGAGGCCCGGUGGCAAAGACAAGUCCAUUGGCGUCAGGAGAAGGACUCUCAAUCGUCGUCUGGCCAAAGUCCAUCGACGGACAAGGCAUCUGAGGACGGCGACGGCGACGCCCACGGCCAGCGGGACUCUCCAGUCGUGCUCCGGACCGCCGUGACUCAGAACAAACGAGAUCCAUUCUCUCCAUACGACGCGUCGUUGCAUCCGGCCAUUUUCCAGGACCUCAUCGAGUACGGUAAGUAA